AUGCUUUAUCCUUAUUCGAACAACGAUUAUACAGCUCGUACUCAUGACAGUUAUUUGAAAUCUGCUCGAGAAGCUGUUAAAAAAUCAAAAGGUCAUAAAGAAGUAGCAGUUAAUGGUAUAAAAGGUCUGUCAUAUUUAUUUGAAAUAUUUCGUUAUCCAGAUCAAAUUAUAUAUGACUAUAUGCACCUUGUGUGUCUAUGUCAUAUCCCAUCUUUGAUAAGCCGAUGGUGCUCAUGUCUUAACAAGUUGUCAAUACUAGAUAUUGACAAAAAACUUCAACGAUUACGUACUCCACACAAUAUAAAAGUUGUUUUUUUAGAAUCGAUCAAAGUAGCAUCUCUAUGGAAAGCAAAAAAUUCACGUUUAUUUGUACUAUAUGUUGGAGUACCAAUAAUGGUUAAUCAUUUACCAACACUUCUUUUCUCUCAUUUUAUUAUAUAUUCAUUAGCAAUUAAACUCCUACAUGCACCUCAAUCAAAAGAAGAUAUAUUACUUGGUGAACGUCUUCUCGAUUACUAUUGUCGAACAGCAUCAAAGGUCUAUGAUUCUUUUAUUGAAAUUUUUUCUUUACAUGCACAUUUACAUCUUGGUCAUCAAGUUCGUUUACAUGGUGGCUUAGCACAUACAUCAGCGUUUUCUUUUGAGUCAGCCAUCCGUUAUAUAAAAAAAAAUGCUCAUGGUAGCACUAAUGUUGCUAGUCAAAUUGCAUAUUGGAAUAAUCUUCGAUGUACAACACAAAUGAAAAAAUUUAAUUUAGUAACAAAUUCUCUUAUGGAUGUGAGUGAAGAAAAUGGAAAUAUUUAA